AUGACGAGCCACGAAUCUGUCAUCGCCUGGCUGGUCCCAACGGCGCGCGGCACCAACGCGGACAAGGCUGUCAACAUGCCCGAAAACUUCUUCAAAGCAGUCGCCACAACAUCCGCCCCCUACCUAGACAGUCGUCUGCCCAACCUCAUCCUCAGCCGCCCGCAGAAGGCACUGCAAAUCACCUUUGACCAGACACCCAAGCGGCCGGGGCGCUUCACCCUCGGCACGGACCCUCGCAGCUGCGACAUCAUCCUCCCAACCCUGCCCGGCGUGGCACGCCAGCACUGUGCCCUCAGCUUCGACCACGAGGGCCGUCUCACCCUCGAGGACUUUUCCGAGAAGGGGACCCAGGUGUGGUUCGACUGGGAGAGCAUGGGCGACAAGGUGGACUACACGUGGACGCUGUCGGGGACGUCGUCGGCCCAGCGGGUCGCCAUUGACAUCCAGGGCCUCCGCUUCCAGCUCAUCAUGAACGAGUGCCCCGGCCGAGAUGCCGCAGCUCACAAGGCCAAGGUCGACGCCUUUUGCACACAACCACCAUGGGGCGAGGCCCUGAGCUUCGACUGGGCGCGCAGAAGUGUGGCGCCCGUGUUGCCCCUGUUCACAAAGGAGCCUCUGUUUCGACACAUCUUUGUAAAGGGGCUGGCGGACGACCACGCCAACGGGGAAAUAUACCUGUGGAACAUGGCGAGACCAUGGGAGCCCAUGGUCAAGGCGGUCGCAGCAGCUGCUUGA